CCGCGGUCUCCGUCGCCAACCAGGCGCACCCAAAGGCCUCCCAGAUCGAGGUACGACGAUGACCGCGACAGGGAUAGAGAGAGAGACCGCGACAGAGACAAGGACAGGGACAGGGACAGGGACAGGGAUAGAGACCGGUACAGGGAUGAUAGGUAUCGGGACGACCGUCGGAGGGACCGUCGGGACGAUCGCAGGCGUUCAGGUUCUCGAGACCGUCGAGACCGUGACAGGCGCCCACCUACGCCGCCUCGUGCUCCCCCAGCCAACAAAGAGUCCAGUAUUGCACCUACGCCUUUGCCCGUAGAAGACGAGAAGAUCAAGGCCAAACGUGCCAAGCUUGAGGCAUGGAAGAAAGAGCGUGAGGCCAAGAAGGCAUUAGACGAGGCAAAGGCGAAGGCCAUGGCUCUUGCUGGAAAGUCAGCUCCAGGUACGCGUAUCUACAUCUGUUUGAGGGGUCUUCAAGAUUUCACACCACUUGAUCCUAUGCCCCACAGUUCCUGCUAGUACGCCCGUCAAAUCUGCCGGGCAACUCAACCGUGCUGCUUUGGGUGGCCUGAAAGGACUUCUUGUCAAGCCCGACGUCCUGAAGGCGGCAAAAUUGGGAACUGGUGCAUCUAUGGAUGAUUCAGAAGAGACAAAGAGGAAGCUCCAGACUCUCGACUUACCUGAGGUCGAUAUGACAAUUUAUGACGGCCAGGCGGGUAUCGGCAACCUAGAAGCCGAUGAUGACGACGACGAUGACAACAAGAUGGCAGUCGACGAGCCCAAGAACGCGAUGGACGAAGACGAAGACGAUGUUGACCCGCUCGAUGCAUUUAUGAGUGGCGUCAAGGAGGAGGUGAAGAAGGUCAACCUCGAGGACAUGAAAAAGAUGGACGUGAAUGUCGCGUCGAGGGUCCGACUCGACGAACGGAUGGCUGACGAACCCGGCGAAGAGGUUGAGGGUCCGGAGCCAGACGAGCUCGAUACCACCGAACUCAAUCCCGAGGAUAUUCUCGCGCUUGCGGCCAAAAAGGCUAGGAAAAAGGACCUGGCCACCAUUGAUCACUCUCGCAUCAACUACGAACCCUUCAGGAAGGAGUUCUACAUUGCUCCUCCAGAUGUCGCUGCGAUGACUGACGAGGAGGCAGACCUCCUCCGCUUGGAGCUGGAUGGCAUAAAGAUCCGUGGCGUGGAUUGCCCAAGGCCAGUCACCAAGUGGAGUCACUUCGGUCUCCCUGCGAGUUGUUUGGACGUCAUCAAAAAGCUUGGUUAUGCUGGCCCGACUCCCAUUCAAGCGCAGGCGAUCCCCGCCAUCAUGUCCGGCAGGGACGUUAUUGGUGUUGCGAAGACUGGCUCAGGGAAGACUAUUGCCUUUCUACUCCCUAUGUUUCGUCAUAUCAAGGACCAAAGGCCUCUCGAGCAGAUGGAAGGCCCCGUUGCAGUCGUCAUGACCCCAACUCGUGAGCUCGCUGUGCAAAUACAUCGGGAAUGUAAGCCCUUUUUGCGGGUCCUAAAUUUACGAGCUGUAUGCGCGUAUGGGGGAUCGCCUAUCAAAGACCAAAUCGCUGAGAUGAAGAAAGGCGCAGAGAUCAUUGUCUGUACGCCGGGACGCAUGAUUGACUUGCUGACUGCAAAUUCUGGUCGCGUCACGAAUUUGAAGCGUGUGACGUACCUCGUCCUUGACGAGGCUGACCGUAUGUUCGAUAUGGGCUUCGAACCUCAGGUUAUGAAGAUCGUCAACAAUAUCCGUCCCGACCGCCAGACGGUCCUCUUCUCCGCUACCUUCCCGAAGCAAAUGGACUCGCUCGCGCGGAAAAUCUUACGCAAACCUCUUGAAAUCACUGUCGGAGGUCGGUCCGUCGUUGCUGCCGAGAUCGAACAGAUUGUGGAAGUUCGCGACGAGGAUACAAAGUUCAAUCGUCUAUUGGAGAUCCUCGGUCAGACGUACAACGAGGACCCCGAGAGCCGCACACUCAUCUUUGUCGACAGGCAGGAGGCCGCGGACAAUCUACUCCGUGAGCUCAUGCGCAAGGGCUACUUGUGCAUGUCGCUACACGGUGGCAAGGAUCAGAUCGAUCGUGACCAGACCAUCGCGGACUUCAAGUCCGGCGUCGUUCCAAUCGUCAUCGCCACCUCCGUCGCGGCGCGCGGUCUCGACGUCAAGCAGCUGAAACUAGUCAUCAAUUAUGAUGCGCCGAAUCACAUGGAGGACUAUGUCCACCGUGCUGGACGUACUGGGCGUGCUGGCAACAAGGGUACAUGCGUCACCUUCAUCACUCCUGAGCAAGAUCGCUACUCGGUCGACAUCUAUCGCGCUCUCAAAGCGAGUAAUGCAGCUGUCCCUAAAGAACUGGAGGAUCUUGCUAAUGGCUUCCUUGAGAAAGUCAAGUCUGGCAAGGCGAAGGUCGCCGGCUCCGGUUUCGGAGGUAAAGGGCUCGAUAGGCUGGACCAAGAACGUGACGCUAAGGAGAAGGCUGAACGCAAGGCCUACGGCGAGCCAGAAGAGGAGAAGGUCGCGGCCGAGGAGCCAGCGAAGGCGGCUGUAGACAAAGACGAGAUGACCUUUGGGACUUUCAAGGUCGAGGUGAAGCGUGGACCGGCUCCAGACUCAUCCAAGGGCCAGCUUGGUGUCGCUGGCGCGGCGCUUGUCGCAAGACGACUUGCUGCGGCCAAAGAGGAAGAGAAGAUCCAGAACUCGCUGCGCCACGCGGAAGAGGCCGUCGCGCGGGCAGGCAAGGACACUGCUGCAUAUAAGCAGGCGACGAGUGUUGUCCAGAAGCUGAACGCGCAGCUCCGUGCGCACAAACUUGUCGCUCAGUCGCAGUCGCAGCACGAGGAUCUCCUUGGGAAGAAGGGUGUUACCGACGCCACCGAGUUCCAUGCUGUCAUCCCUAUCAACGACUACCCCCAGAAGGCAAGGUGGCGCGUCACGAAUAAGGAGACGAUGGUGCAGCUGGUCGAUAUUACUGGUGCCUCAGUCACAAACAAAGGUAUUUACUAUGAGCCUGGGAAAGAGCCGCCACCGGAGGGUCCACCAAAGCUGCACCUUCUCGUGGAAGCGAACGAGGAAUGGAGGGUCGAGCAGGCAGUGCGCGAAAUCAAACGGCUGCUCAUCGAAGCCUCCGCGGCGGCGUUGCAGGCAGAGAUGCGCAACCCUACCGCGACUGCGGGCAGGUACAGCGUGGUGUAGGCCGGUGUCUGAGUGCGAAUAUCAUUGCUGGUGUGGUUUUGCUGUUCUGCUGCAUUUUCUUGUCAUCGAAUACGAUGCAUAUAUAUGCCUGACUGUGUACUGACAUGUUCGGCUCUGCAAACUGAGGCGUCGUGCGUGUCGGCAACUC